AUGACUUUAAGAGUAAUUCUGCCAAGACCAGUUACGAAAUUCCAGUACCGGGGCUCUCUAUCAAAGAUAAUCUCCCUGACAUUCUACGGCAAACUCGAAAAACCAUCAAAUUAUCUGCCAGUGAUGAUUAUGAUCUUUGUUAUUGGUGGUCGAGAUGCUGUUGCUACUACUACCACUGAUGAUGAUGAUGAUGAUGAUGACGAUGAUGAUGAUGAUGAUGAUGAU